AGGAGGGAGGGGCGGGAAAAGAGGAGGAGGAGGGCGCCGGAGAGAGAGAGAGAGGAGCCACGCCACCGAGGGGCUGCUCCCCGCCUGCUUCCAGGGUCCCGCAAAAUGGGGUCCCAGAGGCUUCACGAAGGGGAGUGAACAUCCCGGCGCUUCUCACUCGCAUUGGUGGUGCAAAGGCAAGCCGGCUGCAGCCUUCACCCAAGUGCUGUCCAAGAUGAGCGCCAUGGAGCCUCCGGUGCUGCUGAGCGACAUCAAGACGGAGCCUCCGGAGGAGCUGCUGGCCAGCGACUGCAACCAGCCCCAGGCCGAGCCGGUGGACUUGUCCCUACACAAGAGCAAACCUCCUUUGCGCCCGCUCUGCUCAUCCUCCUCCUCUUCUUCCUCCUCCUCCUCCUCCGUCCGCACCUCACCCCUGCUGGCCACACCCCCAGCGCCGAUGGUCUCCAUGUCCGCCAUGGGGCUGGGUUCCUCCUCGGCCGCCAUCCCGGCUGUCCUCUCGCCGGGCUCCCUCCUGGCUUCCACGCAGGGCAGCGGCGGGCAGCAGAUCCUCCACCUCAUCCACACCAUCCCCUCUGUCAACCUGCCCGGCAAGAUGGGCGGCCUCCAGACCAUCCCCCUGGUAGUCCAGUCCUUGCCCCUAGUCUAUGCUGCCAUGCCCUCUGACGGGGUCGCUGCCGCCACCGCCGCCCUCACCGUACCCCUCAUUGGUGGAGACGGAAAGAACACCAGCACCGUGAAAGUCGAGCCAAGCUCCAUGUGUUCGGUGGAUGCGAACAGUGACAGCGAAACCAGUGCUUCCGAGAGCGGCCCUCCUUCCUUCCCCGACCUCCAGGGAGAGCCUUCCAGCCAGAUGCAGUGGGCCGAGUCUCCGGACCUCAAGAAGCGGCGGAUCCACCAGUGUGACUUCGAGGGCUGCAACAAGGUUUACACAAAGAGCUCGCACCUGAAAGCACACAGGAGGAUACACACAGGAGAGAAGCCCUACAAAUGCACCUGGGAGGGCUGCCCCUGGAAGUUUGCACGCUCGGACGAACUGACUCGGCACUUCCGGAAGCACACCGGUCUCAAGCCCUUCCGCUGCUCGGACUGCGACCGCAGCUUCUCCCGCUCCGACCACCUGGCCCUGCACCGGCGGAGGCACCUCAUGAUGUGAACACAUGCUUCUCUUUGGCACCCUUUGGACCCCCGCACGGCGCUGGCCUUUUGCUACGGAGCCCCCCUUUCCUUGCCAUCCUUUGGGGCACAGGAGGGGUCACCUCAAGAGGUCCAUCCCCGUGGUCAGUUUGGAUGCAUUUUGCCUCCGAAAAAAGGGAUGCUCAGCCUAUGCCUCUCCUUGCGUCCGACCACGAGGUCACGUUCCCAGGAAACCGCAAAGCGCAGGGAGAAAAACACCACUCAGUUUCGAUAUUACGAGCACUGGAACAAAAGUUGGAAAUGUAGAUUCCACCGGAAGUUUUCUUGGAUGGAUUUUGGAUAUGCAUAUCCCCCUUUUUUUUCUCUCUCCUGAGACUUCAUGUCGUCAUUGUUUUGAAUUUGAUGGCGAGAUCAAUUCCUUUUUUAAAUUAUGGGAUUCGGAAGCAUGUGUGUCUGCGUGUGUACGUUUGCAUGAGAGAGAGAGAGAAAGGAAUUUUUUAAAAACCCAGUUUGAGCCUUUAAGCGGCGGACCUGAUCCCAUUGCAGCCAGCCUUUCAAAGGGGAAGCAAGGAAAAAGGGGAAGACUUUUUGCGGAACGGAGGACUGUGACGACUCAGUGAGGUUUGAGGUGGGUUUCAGUGGGUUGGAGGAGACAAACGGAUGAAUGGAGCCUCGGAGGCGGAUUUGUGAGUCUGUUUGUUUGGGUGCAUGGAUCUUCCUCUGCUGAAAGGAACAGGAAACUCGGCUUUCGGACUCGGUACCCAAUGAAGAUCCAAAGUACUUCCGGGAAACUAUUUGCUUGACUCUUGGGGUUUUGAAGACUUUGUUUUCCCCUCUUUUUUUCUCCACUCUUUGGGGAGGUCAAAUAUGAUUUUUUUGCAAAAACUCCG